CGAGCGGGAAAACGAGCGGGGAGCAGAGAGAGAGAGCGAGAGAGAGAGAAAGUGAGAGAGAGAAAGAGAGUGGAGGUUUUUGGGGGAGAAAAAAGAUAUUAGUUAUUAUUUAUUAUUAAAGAAAAAAAAAGGAGGCAGGGGAAUCCGCCGAGGGGGAGGAGGAAAGGAAUCCGGCGCGCCGGCCGGAAUCCGGUAGCAAGAUGAAGGCAUCGGAGGUGCCUUUCCGGUCGCCGCUGGACAAGCCCUUGAAGGAGCUGACUGAGGAGGAUAUCUCGCAGCUUACGCGCGAAGAUUGCCGCAGAUAUCUCAAGGAGAAAGGAAUGCGACGGCCGUCCUGGAACAAAUCUCAGGCAAUUCAGCAAGUCCUGUCGCUCAAAGCCCUUUUCGAGUCGUGGCCUGGGAAGGAGGAGACCGGCAGCCGGAAAUCGCCGCCGAAGACAUCGCCGGCCGCCUCGGGCGGCGCCUGUCCCGCGGAGAGCGCCGGAGAAGAGCCCGUGAACCUCUCUGAGGGCUCGCCCUCUGGUUCUGGUGCGGAGGAGGGAAGAUCGGUCCAGCCAGAUAUGGAAUCCCCGAUUGCGGAACCGGAGCCCUCGACGAUCCGGCUACCUGUCUUCUGCCCGAGGGGCGAGGGUGUUGAUGUGGCGAGAUCGGGCGUUGCCGGAGACACCGGGUUUGUCCAUGCUUCCCGGGAACCGGCCGGUGACUUUCCGAUGCCUAUAUCGAGGGAUGCUGCAUCUCAGAUGACCAUCUUCUAUGGCGGAAAGGUUAAUGUCUACGACGACGUUCCGGCGGAGAAGGCCCGAGCCAUCGUGCUGCUGGCGGCGUCCCCCAACUUCAUGCCGCAGGUCCACCACUCCCGCCCCUUCGCCUUAACCGCCAGAGCUCGGCCGCCCUCUCCUCCUCAGGCCGUCGCCCCACCGCCCCUGUCCUCGUCUCCAUCGCCAACCGAUGGCCCCAAAACGAGAAAGGAAUCGGUGCAGCGAUUCUUGGAGAAGCGAAAAGACCGGGGACGGUUAAAGCCCGUCUGGGGACGGCCCAAGCCUUCUUCCACCAUGGAGCUCUACCUGAGUCAUCAAAUGCGCGAGUCGGCCCGAAACGGGAGAACCAGCUCCUCAGAUACGUGCUCUCCUACGAACCCGAUCCCUCCCCCUACUCCGGGUCGGUCAGGAUCCGGCCAGCCCAUCUUCACUGGUGACCCGAACGAGGACGAGAACCGGGAUGCUGCCAGCUGACACGUACGUGGUUGGCGUUUGAUAAGAACAUGCAUCGUCGCACGUGCGGGGGCCUUCGGUUUGCGUCGUUGCUGGCGCUUGUGUGGACCGUCUCCAGCAUCAUCGUCGGAACGAGUCAUUCAUUGUGCGAGAGCGUGCUUCGGUCCGUAUCGGUCUUCUUGGAGCCUUGUCCGCCGUUCCGGAGGACGACCGCAAGCGGUCAGUACUUUUUCUGUGGAGGGGGAGGGAUAGUCUUUGGUUGGGGAGCAACGGGUGGUGGUGGUGGUGGCGGUGGUCGUGGACGGGAAGUGGGGAAAGAAGCGGCUGUCUGCGUCCGGUGAGGCGACAUCGCGAGAGGGACCAGAAAGCCCUUGUAACUUUUUCAGUUUUGACGCUAUUGCCCCUCUUAAAUGCUUUCGGCAGACUCGCCCCCAUUCCGCCUCUCACUUUCAGUCUCUCUCGCUCUCUCUCUCCCUCUCUAGUUUCAGCUUACCAGAGGGUCCAUCUGGUCAACGACUAGGGGUCCGUCGAACCUCACCGGUAAAAUAAGGGCAGAGUUUCCCCGGAAAAAAUCUUGCAAUAAAUAGAUGCGCUUUUCGGUUGUUCAGAAAGUAGGUCUGUCGCUUGUAUUAAAAGUUUUGCACCGUUAAUAGUGGGAUGAAUUCUGAUAUUUUUGUUCAA